AUGUCUUUUCCUGAGACUUACCGUUUGGUCGAUUCUCGCGGUGAACCCGUAACCCAUGAACGUAACGAAUCUUUCUCUGGACAAGAGUUGUACGACAACAACCCUUAUCGUCCUCCUCAAUACGAGGGUUACAAACCACCUGAAUUGGAUGCAAGAUUCGCACCUCAAGGUUAUGCCCCCACGCACAUCGAUCUGCGUAAUACACGACCUCAAAUCGGUCGUACGCCAAGCCCUACGCCUAGCGAGUCCCAUGCAUUGGCAGAGAUCGGGAAUCAUUCCGGUUUGAUCAACUGGAAGCGCAUCAGCUCGAAAGAUUUCUGGUUUUCGAAGGAGGGCCUUAAAUAUGGGCUUACCGCCGCCGUCAUCAUCACACUUGUGGUUCUCUUCGCGGUGUACCACACGGAUAUCGUUGUUUUCCUUACACCUGCCACUCAAUGGUGCCAUGACCAUAAGUUUGGUUGGCUGAUCCCAGUCGGAAUCCUCUUUGUCCUAUCUUUCCCUCCUCUCUUCGGACACGAAAUCAUUGGUAUGCUCUGUGGUAUCGGCUGGAAUAUUGGGGUCGGUUUCGCGAUCGUGGCGUUGGGCACUAUGUUGGGUGAAUUGGCAAACUUCUUUACGUUCAAGUAUUGCUGUACUGCUCGAGCCCAAAAAUACGAGAAGAAGAAAAUUACGUACGCCGCUCUUGCGAGAGUAGUACGUACAGGCGGAUUCAAAAUUGCCGUAGCUGCUCGACUUUCCCUCAUUCCUCCUCAUUUGACUACGACUGUUUUUGCCUCUUCGGGGAUGCCACUUACCACCUUCGUGGCUGCAGCCAUAUGUUCCCUUCCGAAACAGCUUGUGACGGUCUACAUCGGUGUUCUUCUAGAAGAUUCGAUCGACGGAACGUCGAAAAAGGAUAAGAUCGCAUCUAUUGCUGUCGCCGUCGUCUCUGGCGUAAUCACAUCACUCGCGCUGAAAUAUGUCAACAAGAAAAUGGACGAGGUCACGCCUGAAAUUAUCUACGAACGAAGGAAAGCUCGCCAAAUGGCACACUUGAAGUCGUUAUCUGAGGGUAAUGAUACCGUUUAA